AUGAACAGUAGUCUGUUACGGAUCUCAAGACCGCUUGUAUUGUCUCUAGCUCGUCCAGCUUAUCCAAGCUUGAUCUUUGCAAGAUAUAUCUCGUCACGCCGGUGUUUAUACAGUCCGAAACCAGGCAUUAUGAGUUCAGAACAACAAUUGCCUCCACUUGAUCCCAAGACGGGGGAAAUUAUCAUCAAUCCCCUCAAGGAAGACGGGAGCGCGAAGAGUGCUAAAGAAAUCGAAAAGGAGCACAAGAAGGCUGAAAAACUACUGAAAUUUGCCGCCAAACAAGCAAAGAAAGCUGAAGCCGCUACCAAACAGGCCGCUGCCCCCAAGAAGGAGAAGAAAAAGAAGGAAGUGGAGUUCAUUCCAGAGUUCGUUGACAAGACUGCUCCAGGUGAAAAAAAGAUCCUUGUUUCUCUCGAAGAUCCUGCUCUCAAGGCCUACAACCCUGCCAACGUUGAGAGUUCAUGGUACGAUUGGUGGGUCAAGUCCGGGUUUUUCGAACCUGAGUUUACUGAGGACGGAAAAAUCAAGCCCGAGGGUGCUUUUAGCAUCCCUGCUCCUCCUCCAAAUGUAACCGGUGCGCUACAUAUCGGACACGGAUUGACUAACGCUAUUCAGGAUUCCUUGAUUAGGUACAACAGAAUGAAGGGUAAGACAGUUCUGUUCUUGCCGGGAUUCGACCACGCCGGGAUUGCGACCCAGUCCGUUGUUGAAAAGCAGGUUUGGGCCAAUGAAAAAAAGACAAGACACGACUACGGCAGAGAAGCAUUCGUGGGCAAGAUCUGGGAGUGGAAAGAAGAGUAUCACAAGAAAAUUAGAAACCAGAUCAACAAAUUGGGAUCGUCAUAUGACUGGUCGCGUGAAGCCUUCACAUUGAGCCCUGAGUUGUCGAACUCUGUAACUGAAGCUUUUGUUAGAUUGCACGAGGAAGGUAUCAUCUACCGUGCUUCUAGAUUGGUUAACUGGUCGGUCAAGCUGAACACUGCCAUUUCCAAUCUGGAGGUUGAUAAUAAAGACGUGAAGGGCAAAAGUUUAAUGUCUGUUCCUGGAUAUGAUGAAAAAGUGGAGUUCGGUGUUUUGACUUCUUUCGCAUACCCUGUCGUCGGUUCCGAUGAAAAGUUGAUAGUUGCUACAACUAGACCUGAGACCAUGUUUGGUGACUCUGGUGUUGCCGUGCACCCAGAUGAUUCUCGUUAUAAGCAUCUCCACGGCAAAUUUGUUCAACAUCCUUUUGUGGACAGAAAGAUCCCAAUUGUUUGCGAUGCUGAGGCUGUUGACAUGGAAUUCGGUACUGGUGCCGUGAAGAUGACUCCUGCCCAUGACCAAAACGAUUACAACACAGGUAAACGCCAUAACUUGGAGUUCAUCAACAUCUUGACAGAUACAGGUUUGCUGAACGAGAACUGUGGCCCAGAAUGGGCAGGCAUGAAGAGAUUUGAUGCCAGAAAAAAUGUUAUCAUUGCCUUGAAGGAGAAGGGUCUUUUUAUUGGCCAAGAAGACAAUGAAAUGACCAUCCCAACUUGUUCAAGAUCUGGUGACAUUAUCGAACCACUGUUGAAGCCCCAAUGGUGGGUUUCUCAAGGUGACAUGGCUGCAGAGGCCAUAAAAGCCGUCAAAGAAGGUAAAAUCACCAUUACACCUAAAUCUUCCGAGGCUGAAUACUUCCACUGGCUAGAGAACAUUCAGGAUUGGUGUAUCUCUAGACAGUUGUGGUGGGGUCAUCGUUGUCCGGUGUACUUUGUUACCAUCGAAGGACAAGAGCAUGAUUCAAUCGAUGGCGAAUAUUGGAUUUCCGGGAGAACGUUAGAAGAAGCUGAAGCUAAAGCCGCUAAGAAAUUUCCUAACGUUAAGUAUACGUUGAAACAAGAUGAAGACGUCCUGGAUACCUGGUUCUCGUCUGGUCUGUGGCCGUUCUCCACGCUGGGCUGGCCAGAUAAGACCAAGGACUUAUCGCAGUUCUAUCCAUUUUCCAUGCUAGAAACUGGCUGGGAUAUUUUAUUUUUCUGGGUUUCAAGAAUGAUAUUGCUAGGCUUGAAGCUGACUGGUGAAGUACCUUUCAAAGAGGUCUUUUGUCACUCUUUAGUCCGUGACGCGCAAGGCCGCAAGAUGUCAAAAUCGUUAGGUAACGUCAUUGAUCCAUUGGAUGUUAUAACUGGUAUCAAAUUGGAAGACUUACACGCUAAGUUGCUAAGUGGUAACCUAGACCCAAGAGAAGUCGAAAAGGCUAAAAUUGGUCAGAAAGAAUCCUAUCCAAAUGGUAUACCACAAUGUGGUACUGAUGCAUUGCGUUUUGCUCUCUGUGCCUAUACAACCGGUGGCCGUGACAUCAAUCUUGAUAUUCUACGUGUCGAAGGUUACAGAAAGUUCUGUAACAAAAUUUACCAGGCGACUAAAUUUGCUCUGUUACGUCUCGGUGAUGAUUACCACCCACCAGCUGAAGAGAAAUUGUCUGGAAAUGAAUCUUUGGUUGAAAAAUGGAUUUUAAACAAACUCACACAUUACUCGGCCUCUGUCAAUGAAGCCUUCGAAAAGCGUGAUUUUUUGACCUCAACCAGUGGUAUUUAUGAGUUCUGGUAUUUGAUUUGUGAUGUCUACAUCGAAAAUUCCAAGUACUUGAUUAACGAAGGCACUGAUGCCGAGAAGAAAUCUGCAAGAGACACUUUGUAUAUUUUGAUUGACAAUGCAUUAAGAAUGAUUCAUCCAUUCAUGCCUUUCAUCUCCGAAGAAAUGUGGCAACGCUUGCCUAGACGCGCUUCUGAAACUUCUCCUACCAUCGUUAAAGCCUCUUAUCCAACAUAUAGAAAAGACUUUGACAACCAAACAGCUGGCAAAGAGUACGAAAUGAUUUUGGAUGCGAUUAAGGAGGCUCGUUCUUUGCUUGCUCAAUACGGUAUUUUGAAGAACGGUAAGGUUUUCAUUGAGUCAUCCAAUGCAGCAUUUUUUGAGACAGCGGCGUCCCAAAAGGACUCUAUUGUUUCUCUAAUCAAGGCUAUUGAUGAAGUCAAUGUGGUGAAUAAAUUGUCUGAAGUACCUGGGGGUGCUGUCUUACAGGCUGUUACUCCUGAGAUCAACGUUCACGUUUUGGUCAAGGGCCACGUCGACAUCGAUGCUGAGGUUUCCAAGACCCAAGGUAAAUUGGAGAAAGCUCAAAAGGUUAAGGAAAGUGUCGAAAAGGUUAUUAAUGGCUCUGACUAUGAGGCAAAGGCCAAUGAUCAGGCCAAGACUGCAAACAACACUAGACUUCAGAACACCCUGGCCGAAAUCGAAGGUUUAGAAGCCACCAUCGCCAACCUCGAACGUUUAAAGCUGUGA